AUGGCCCCCAAAGUCUUCAUGACCAGUACCGGCGCUACUGGCUACAUCGGAGGUGAUGGUUUGUUUGCCAUCGCCAAGGCUCACCCUAACUGGGAGCUCUCCGCCCUAAUCCGCAGUCAGGAAAAGGCCACUCAAGUCACAGCCAAAUACCCUCAAAUUCGGACUGUGCUCGGCGACUUGGACUCAUCCGACUUGAUUGAAAAAGAAGUUCAGAAUGCCGACAUCGUCUUCCACUUUGCCGAUUGUGACCAUGUCGCCGCCGCUCAUGCCAUUGCCAAGGGCGCGCAACACCACACACCCGAGCGCCCAUUGUGGUUGAUCCAUACUUCCGGCACUGGUAUUCUGACUGUGGAGGAUCAGCGCGCGGAGACGUAUGGAAUUGAGCGCCCGAAGCAGUACAAUGAUUGGGAUGGCGUGAGUGAGCUAGUCAAUCUCCCCGCCGAUGCCUUCCACCGCAACGUGGAUGAGAUCAUCAUUGGUGCUGGUCAGCAGAAUCCCGCCAGCGUCAAAACUGCUAUCGUCUGCCCGCCAACUAUCUACGGCCCAGGCCGUGGUCCUGGUAACACAAGGAGUGUUCAGGCAUACUGGCUCAGUGCCGCCGUACUCCAGCGGAAGAAGGGUCUUCUAGUCGGGGAGGGUAAAAACGUGUGGCACCAGGUCCAUGUUCAGGAUUUGAGCAAUGUGUAUUUGGCUUUGGGUGAGGCGGCUUCCCAGGGAGGUGGCAAGGCUACUUGGAACGAUGAAGGCUACUAUUUGGCUGAGAAUGGCCCGUUCGUUUGGGGGGACAUUCAGCGUGCAGUUGCCCAGGCUGCUUUUGAUAAGAAGCUCAUUGCUUCACCUGAUGUUGAGUCUCUGGAUGGUGCUCAGACCACUGCGGUUCAUCCAUUUGGGAUCUAUGCCUGGGGCUCGAACUCUCGGGGUCAUUCGCUCCGUGCUCGCAAGCUGUUUGGAUGGUCGCCUGAACAGCCCAAGCUGAUUGACCUCAUUCCCGAGAUUGUUGAAGGCGAGGCCAAGAUCCUUGGGUUAUUGUGA